CAUCCUUCCCCUACGAUAUGAUCCAGAACUCUGCUCACCUUUCAGGUCUGGACCCGCAGUAUUUAGGCCACACCCCAGCCAGCUCACUCCUGGCACCCCCUCUCCCCUCUCACUACUCUUUCCUGGGUACUUCUUGCUUAGCCCCACCCAAGAAGUCUUCCUUCCCGCUGGGCUGUUCUGGAAGGAGAGCAUCGUCCCUCCCUAACAGCGCAGGAGGGUGUGAGGUUUUUCAGUCUCAGCCUCAGGAAGAUGCUGCUUCCCCCUCCUUUGCUCUGUGUACUUCCUCUCUGCUGACUUAGCUGGCAGACCUAGAAGCGGGACCAGGACCCCUAGCACUAGGAAUUGUCUGUCCAACGACUCUCCCCUCACCCUCAACGUAGCAGUUAUCGGCUUCUGGCCAGCAUCAGGAAAACCCUGUCCUCUUGAUGGCUACAAACACUACAUCUCCUGCAGCAUCUUCUCCCGGUGGCAUGUCCCUGUCUCUGUUACCUAUCGUUCUGCUGUCCGUGGCCCUGGCUGUGGGUCUUCCGGGCAAUGGCUUUGUGGUGUGGAGCAUCCUGAAAAGGAUGCAGAAACGCUCUGUCACCGCCCUGCUAGUGCUGAACUUGGCCCUGGCCGACUUGGCCGUGUUGCUUACUGCUCCCUUUUUCCUACACUUCCUGGCUCGGGGCACCUGGAGUUUCAGAGUGACGGGCUGCCGGCUGUGCCACUAUGUCUGUGGAGUGAGUAUGUACGCCAGCGUCCUGCUUAUCACCAUCAUGAGCCUGGACCGCUCGCUGGCAGUGGCCCGCCCCUUCGUGUCCCAGAAGGUUCGCACUAAGGCGAUCGCGAGAUGGGUGCUGGCAGGCAUCUGGGUGCUGUCUUUUCUGCUGGCCACUCCCGUCCUUGUGUACCGUACAGUAGUAAAACGGAGCAACAGGACUCUGAUCUGCGACUCGAAGUACCCCAGCGACGGGCAUAAGGCCUUCCACCUGCUCUUCGAGGCCUUCACGGGCUUCCUGCUGCCCUUCCUGGCGGUGGUGGCCAGCUACUCGGACAUCGGGCGCAGGCUGCAGGCUCGGCGCUUCCGCCGCAGUCGCCGCACCGGCCGCCUGGUGGCGCUCAUCAUCGUGGCCUUCGCCGCCUUUUGGUUGCCCUACCAUCUGGUGAACCUGGUGGAGGCUGGCCGCACUCUGGCAGGCGGGGACAAAGACAGCCCCGCGGGGCAGCGUCUGAGGCUGGCCCGCUACGUGCUCAUCGCGCUGGCCUUCUUGAGCAGCAGCGUGAACCCGGUGCUGUACGCGUGCGCGGGCGGCGGCCUGCUGCGCUCGGCGGGGGUGGGCUUCGUAGUCAAGCUGCUGGAGGCCACUGGCUCCGAGGCGUCCAGCACCCGCCGCGGGGGCACCCUGGUCCAGACCCCGCAGGCCACACCCGCCUGUCCCGAGCCGGGUCCCACCGACAGCCUCACGGCCUCCACCCUUCCUGAGUCUUCCAAGUGAGCUGCAGUCAGUCGGCUGCGCUGAAGACACUCCCAACUCGGGCCUGACCCACUUCUGUCCCUGGAGGAGAACAGGUUGCGGACUGGGCUCAAGCGGAAGAAGAGGGAGAGGUGGGGCGAGUCAGGGCAGAGAGACAGCAUGCUCUGGCCUGGCUUUUGCAGGCAGCUUUACGAUUAAAACUAGUGUGAAAUCAGGUUAA